GCCGAGAAACGAUCUCCGCUCAGGCAGUGGGUUUAGCGGUUUAUUGGUCGGCUGGCAAGCUGGUGAGCUGGCGAGCUGGCGAACUGUGGCUCGUACUCGUAUCUGUAAGAUACAAACGUAAAGUGCUGCUUUUUAAUGCCGCAUUUCAUUCAUUGAUCGUUUCAAUAGCGCGCCGCACGCUCAGCGCAACAGACAAGUGCCGGUACCCGGGCUCCCGCCGCAUGUUCUGUGUGGGCAUCCAAGUCAGCAGCCACAAUAACAAAUACCACAAUAAGCCUACUCAGACAACGCGUUGGCUUGGCUAACGGAGUCAAAGCCAAAGUGUACAGCCGAGUGGACGACAUUGACGCCGUACGGCAGACGGCGGACGGCGGACGGCGGACAGCGGACGGUUGACAGUUGACGGCUGACGGCGUCGCUGACAAUCGCUGCUCAGUGCAUAGCGAACUAGCGCAGCGAGCAGACGCAGCGCGUCGAAAACGAAAACAGAGACGCAAACGCACCUUUCUCCAAGUAGCAACAGCAGCAGCAGCCACCGCAACGGGCAGUGUAUUUUUGUGCGCCAUCUCGGGUUAUUGGAUACAGAUACAUAGAUACACAUCAGCCGCGCGCGUACUCACGGAUAUUUUUAGCAGCCGGCCGCACACACACUCGCACACAUACACACACACACACAGUGGCAGUCACAGUUGCAGACUCACGCUGCUGACACACGCGGCUCGCACGUUUUGGAAAAACUGUUCUUCGAGGCUUUUCCCACAUACGCGGCUGCAGCGCGCAUAUCCGACGGAUUCUUGGCGAGCUGUGGUCCAACAUAAAAGCAUAAAAAUAAUAAUAAUAAAAAUAAAUAAAAAAUCGCAAACAAACAUAUACAAAUAAAAACUAUAUACAAAAUGAUAUCAAACAAGUUUCGCUAAGCAAAGUCGAGGAAAUAAAACGAAUUUAUUCGGAAGAUAAAACAAAAAUUAAAACAGAAUUUUUAUUGUGUUAAUGCGAGCGAAUUGUGUGUGUGUGCAUGAGGCAAGCGUUAAUAUAAAAUAGAGUCUCAACAAAAUUAAUCGAAUAUAUAAAUAAAAACCAAAUAAAUUUUAAACAAUUUCUAUGACUAAUUAGCUAAUGCUGUGGAAUUUAAAUUGAUUCAGAUUCCAUUUCGGAUUCACGCAAUGUGCGCGGGUUGAGCUUAAUUAAGCAAGAAUUUCCAUACAAUAUCAACAAAUCUCCAACACAGUGCUAAAAAGUGUUAAAAAUAACAGAAACUACAUUAAAGUUUUCACAAUUGAAAAACAAAGAAACAAAACUCAAAACAACUGCAGACGGCGGCGGCUCGCACAUUUUGUUGGAUUUAUGAAAUCAAAAAGAUGAAAUCGGACGCAUAUGAGCUGCACAACUACGCCGACUCGGAGAUGGAGCUGGACACAGAUCAAGCUGAGCCACUGAGCGCGAAGGAUUCACGUAAGCGGAAGGCAACCACUGCGGCAGGCAGUCGACGGGGCGAGAAGUACUCGCUGCGCCAGAAGAGACAGCGGCGCCUGCCCGGCGAUCUGCCCGCCCCGAGAGCCGCGCCCUCCCCAGAGCUGCAGCCUGCAGAGACCGUCUCCAGCAAGGCCAAGGCCAAGAGCCCGGCCAAGACGAAAGCGCCUCCGCUCAGCAAGUAUCGCCGGAAGACAGCCAACGCCAGGGAGCGCACGCGCAUGCGGGAGAUCAACAUGGCGUUCGAGCACCUGCGACACUGUGUGCCGCAGUCCAUUACGGGGGAGGAUGCGGCCAACACGAACGAGAAGCUGACCAAGAUAACGACGCUGCGGCUGGCCAUGAAGUACAUUGGCAUGCUGACUGAGUCCCUGCAAGAUCCCAGCUACGAGAGCGAGUUCCUAGUCGAGUGCCUGCGCGAGAGUGCCAGCCGGGAGGCGCACGUCAGCGUGGACACCGAGCCAGAUCUGGAGUUGGACAUUGAGCGGGAGCUGGUGCAGGUGCCAACGCCACCAGCCAAGCCUAAAAAGCCAGUCAAGUCCAGCAAAAAGACGCCUGCCAAGCGCCAGUGCAAGCAAUCCAAGGCAGCUGCAGCAACAGCCACGCCCACAAUGACAAAUGCCAAAAACGUGCCCAUUAGCUCGCCGGAAUCAUGUUAUGCAUCCUCUUCCGUGGGCUCGCCCGCCUUUUGCGCAGCAGCCUCCUCGCCCAGCUCGGCCUACGCAUCGCUCUCCUCAGCCGCCUCUAGCAGCAGCAGCAGCAGCAGCAGCAGCAGCGGCAGUGUGCACGGCAGCGCAGCGCUGGAAACGGACAGCCUGCUGGGCAUGCAAGCGCUGGACGAGCUGAACACACUGCUGCUGGAGUCGGACAGCGACUCGCUGCACUGCCUCAACAGCUACCAUCCUGAGCUGCUGGUAUCCGCAGACGCCGCGCUGCCUUCCCGCGGCGACUUGCCCAUAUCGAUGAACCUGACGCUGGAGAAGCCGGAUGUGGAGCUGAGCUUGCGAUUGCUGGACCACUCGACAGACUCCUUUGACUUUGCCAGCGAUCAGCAGCCAUCGGCCUGCAUCAGCCCGUUGGCUGCCCUGGACGGCUUCCAUCCAUUCGCGGAUCUGCUGCACGGCGAGUUCUCCGAUAUAUUUCUAACGUGACAAGCGCAGCAGA